AAUAACAGUCUGUAUCUUCUCUCUUGUCUCUCUCGUCUCUUCUGGGACAUUCAGGAUGCUGCAGGCAAGGUUUUGGACCGCUGGACCAUCAUGUCCCGUGAAGAAGAGAUCAUCACCCUGCAGCAGUUUCUGCGCUUUGGUGAAACCAAGUCCAUCGUGGAGCUGAUGGCUAUUCAGGAGAAAGAAGGUCAGGCGGUCACAGUUCCCUCGUCAAAGACAGACUCUGGGAUUAGGACGUUCAUCGAAAGUAAUAACAGAACCCGCAGCCCGGGGCUCUUGACACAUCUGGAGAACAGUAGCCCCUCCAGCAUUCAUCACUUUGAGAAUAUCCCCAACAGCUUAGCCUUCCUCUUACCGUUCCAGUAUAUCAACCCGGUCUCUGCCCCCAUGCUCGGCUUGCCCCCUAAUGGCCUCCCAAUGGAGCAGUCUGCCCUUCGGCUUCGGGAGCCCAGCCUCCCAAACCAAGGAGAGCAGGUGGAGACCAGCGAGUCAGAGGUGUCCCUAUCGCCCUUCCGCACAGGUCAGAGCCCAAGUCGCGGAGUACUGGGACCCAUCAACAGCACUGAACCCAAGACAGAACCCAACAACUGUGCAUCGCCCAUCUCCCCGACCCCGUCCACCCAGCAAGCUCAGCAGCAGUCGUCCCUUCAGCAGCAGCAGCAGCAACCGCAGCAGGGCCAACAGCAGACCCAAAGCCAGUCUCAGCAACACAACAGUCUGGGCGACCAUCAGGUGCAUCACCACUUCAUCAAGGAUGAGCCUUCGAAGUCCAUCAGCCAUCCUUCGUUCUCCUCCAAGAUGCAUCGCAUACGCCGCAUGGGAGCCACCUCACGCAAGGGCCGUGUGUGCUGCAAUGCAUGUGGAAAGACCUUUUAUGACAAAGGCACACUUAAGAUACACUAUAAUGCCGUACACUUGAAGAUUAAACACCGUUGCACCAUCGAGGGAUGCAACAUGGUCUUCAGCUCCCUGCGCAGCCGCAACCGCCACAGUGCCAAUCCCAACCCACGGUUGCACAUGCCCAUGCUGCGCAACAACCGCGACAAGGACCUUAUCCGUGCCAAUUCCACCACAGGUACACCUGUCAUCUCGAGCAGCAAGAACGGCGGCUUCACGCUCACCAGCCCUGGAAGGCCACCACUGGGUUUUACGACUCCCCCAGUAGACCCGAUGCUUCAGUCCCCGCUGCAGAGUCCCCUGGUGUUCCCUUCACUGAAAUCAGUGCAGCCAGUCCAACCAGUGCCCCCAUUCUACCGAACACUCGUGUCUCCAGCAGACCUCGUCAGCCCUCCAGUGUCACUGCCAACCAGCCCCAUUAUCCCGACCACUACCAACAGCACCACCCUGAUGGACCAGCAGCAGCAGAUCCUGGCUGCUGUUGUCUCGCACAACAAUGUUCACGUGUCAGAGGCAAGUCCAAUGUCCCACCGGCUGUCCACUGGUGGCAGUCAGGACCUCACCACAAGCAGUGACCCCACACCCAAAAAGAAACCUCGUAAAUCGAGCAUGCCAGUUAAGAUUGAGAAGGAAGUGAUUGAUGUGGCAGACGACUUUGAGGACAAAGAUGAGGACGACGACGACACAAUCCAACAUAAUCACCAGGCAAGUCUUCUUCACAACAAUAUUAAAAUCAACGGCAACUGCAACAACAAUGGUGCAAGUGGCACUGGCCACCACAGCGGCGGCAGUGGCCAGCAGUCGCCCUCCCAGGACGAGAUGAGUCCUGGCCUGGCCCUGAGGGGGAUGAUGAGGCAAAGUGAGGACGAAUGUAGGGAAGGGACUGGCAGCGACAGCAGAGGCGGCGCUUCAGAGCUGCGCUGUAUGGACAGCUUUACCUCAGAAGAUCAGGACCACGAGAGAGACUUUGAAAACGAGUCUGAAACCUCAGACUCCAAGAUGUUCUACCGCGAUGACCUGAUGGACGGAGAGGAACAUCAAAAGCACGGCAGGGGAGGAAGAGGGCUGGACAAGGAGCACGAAAACGAGGCCCACGAGGACGAACACUUGAGAAAAGACAUCGAGGGUAACGGUCAUUCCUCACCGUCUCCUCAUGGGCCUCCGAUCAAGAUCAAAGAAGAGCUCAACGAUCCGACUUAUGACAUGUUUUGCAUGAGUCAGUAUGGCCUCUACAACGGGGGAAUGGCGGCAGCAGCGGCCGCCGCCGCUAGCAUGGCCGCUCUGCACGAGAGCUUCAUUUCCUCCAUGGGGUACGGCGCGAGUCCACCCAAAUUCCCCACAUCUCAGUCCCCCGAAGGAGACCCAUGCUCCAGCCCUGACCCCAAGAUCUGCUACGUCUGUAAGAAGAGCUUCAAGAGCUCCUAUAGCAUGAAACUGCACUACAAGAAUGUGCACCUGAAAGAGAUGCAUGUGUGCACAGUGGCUGGCUGCAACGCUGCUUUCCCCUCCCGACGGAGCAGAGACAGGCACAGCUCGAACAUCAACCUGCACCGCAAACUGCUGACCAAAGAGCUGGACGACAUUGUCCUCGACCCUCAACUCACGCCACUGCCCAAGGACCUGCGAGCCGAGUUUCUGGCCAAGCUCUACGCCGGGCACCACAUGGGUUUGGACCCGAUGGCCAGGAUGGGCUUCCGGGGCGCCGCCCUCGGCCUCCCUGGCCUGACCCAUAACCCCCUCUCCCACAUGAGCAACGAAUACCCCCGUCAUCCCUUCAACCACGACCUUAGAAACCACCACACCAACGGCCUGUUCCGGGGCCAGCCGGACGACUACAUGGUGCUGGACCUGAGCACCACCUCCAGUGUUCAGUCCAGCAGCAGCAUCCACUCCUCACACGAGUCCGAAGACGGCAGCGACGAAGGCAUCCUCCUGGAUGACCUGGAAGAGGAUGAGGAGGAGGGCAACAGCGAGGGAGAGGACCUCUCCCGGCGGGCGGAAGGCGGACAUCAGGAUGAGACCGGAGAACUCAAAGGAGGACAAGAUGAGGUGCUGGACUCUUCCUCGUCGCCAUUCCUUCUUUCGUCCACAGGGGGCAGUAAUGGCAGCAGCGGUGGGAUCCUCUGUAACAUCUGCCACAAGGUAUACAGCAACAAAGGGACCCUGCGCGUGCACUACAAGACUGUGCACCUGCGCGAGAUGCACAAGUGCAAAAUCCCCGGCUGCAACAUGGUGUUCAGCUCCGUACGCAGCCGCAACCGACACUCUCAGAACCCGAACCUCCAUAAAAACAUGCCCUUCUCUACGAUUCUAGACUAAACAACGACUCUGUCUCCUUCAUUCCUCCUCCAUCAAGUACAAGCUGUAAGCCCCGUCCUUUGUAAGUCACUGCAAGACAUUACUCUCUCCAUGUAUAAAAUGAUUGACUCUAGAUGAAGUUUAUCAUUGUGUCCUUUGACUUUUCCUUCUUUGGAAGAACAGGAUGACGCCAAUCGGCACGGAGUUUACUUUAUAGCAAAGCUCCAGGUGAUUUUACUCGUCAGCCCCUCCAUCGUUUUUUGUUUCGAUCUUCUACUCUUUGUGUUUACGUCCACGUCCAAAGAAUCUGUUCAAACUCUUUAUUUGUGACUUUGCCUGCGGAAACAAUAGUACUGAGAAAAAAAGAGAAAAACUUCUUGUUGUAUUUGUGUAUCGAUAACUUUUAAAUGGACCCCUUACAAAAGCAUGACAGCUCCAUUUGUAAAUAACGUCCCAAGAGGCUUUUUUGGUGUAAGAGUUGUGUUGAUGGUUGUUUGCUUCCUUUUCCUCUCUUUUAUUGGAUUUAUGUUACAGUACAGUACGAUACUUCCACCUAUAGGCAAGAAAGAGGUAGCAUCCUUAAAGUUCGACUCAUUUACGUUGGUUUGAAUCUGAUUCAUGGGGGAAAAAGCCAAAAUCAUGUGAAUUGUUUUAACUGCUUGUUAGAUAUUCAGAGGUUGCGGCAUGCUUCUUUUAGGCUCUUACACUGAUAUCAUUCUCUGUAUUUUCUGUUUUUUAAUUUCUUUUCUGUUUUUGCACUUUGUAUCUAUAAAGGGGGAAUGUGUAAUAAUUAAUGAGGAUUUCUGCAAUGGUGAAUUAAAGUGGGGGUCCACGGUGGCUUUGUUGCUGAUCGAAGCAAUAGUACCUUCAAACGCUUUCUUUCUGCAUGCGCUCAGUUUCAAAGCCUCUGAAAAAAACCUGAAAUGUUUCCCAACUCCUUUUUGACCUAGUCGAAGUAAACCCAGAUUAAGGCCUAGUCCACACGUACUUCAGGGAAAACAAAUUACCUUUCAUCCACACAAAAACUCUGUUCUAUCAUCACUAAAAAUUAUUUAUGUAAACUCCAACCAAACUGGAGCUUUGAGAAAACUCUGUAUUUAUGUUUGCAUGUUUUUGUUUACUGAAGCGAAUCACCGAAUUCUGCAGCACAUCUAACUGUUAAGGUUGUCAAAGUCAAGCUAGCAUAGCUGACCUCUCUAACCUUUGCUAACCUGUGAAAUGUGAUACACCUGGACCUUGUCUAGUUGUCUUAGUGUUGGCAAUUAGUAGAAAAAACUGCGUCCCUUUUUCUCUUCUAUAUCAGUUGUAUGUUUAAGGUUUAGCGCGUUGUUUUGACAACUUGACAGCUAAAUCCAAUGACAGUCAUAUGGCUGCAUGUAUCGUCCACCAAACAAACCUCCAGGCGCCAUGUUUGACUCCUAACAGGAAGUCAUAGUUGUUUUGCAGCGAUCUGAAUGGCUGAUGUAGUUUGAGCUUGGUGCUGCACUGCCCCCUAUGGGCCUGGCGUGUUUAAAUCAACAACCAGGGACGGAUUUGUUUGGGUUCAUGUGGAUGAAAACUUUUCUGAAAACGAUCCCAUGUGUACAAUAUUUGUUUUUAUAUAUACCCAGCUACGUGUAUACAAGGCCUAAAUCUAUAUUAUAAACAAAAAAAGGUUAAUAGGAUAAGUUUGUAUUUUAAGAAAUAAUUGGUGUUUUUACAAACAUCCGCAGAUUUGAAUGAAAGAGAAAUCUUCCAAUGUGACCAAAAUGCAUGAGUUUGCUUAAGAAAAAGCUCUUUCAGCAAGACAUUGUCUUUAAAAUCACGCAGCAUUUAACCAAUAUGAUGCACUUGAGUCUUAAAACGUUAACUGUGAUUUUCUUUGUUUUGUUUGUUCCACCGCUGAGCCCCACCUUCACAUAUAUUCUGCAAAUGUUGUUUUCCUUCCUUUGGUUGCAAAGAGUCCCUCACGGUACACACAUUUUAAUUAAUUGGAAAAAGCAGCCAAAGGAAAGGUGUUUAUUGGUGGGUGAUGUAUGUUGUCCAGUGAAAGGUUUCGGGUUUUUUUGUAAAAAAAUCACAUCUGUUACUCUGUAAGGAGAUCUUCUCUUACUCGACUGGUGCUAACACAGCGGUGGGAAACGAGCGUUGUGCUGUACAGUUUUAACACCGCCUUACAUCCACGGCAGUGUUGACUUCCACUUCUUUCAGUCAUCCUGCUGCGGACGUCGUGACCCGCUCGGCUGAAACCUCUCAUGCGUUUUUUAAGACUCCACCUACUGGAGGCACCCGGUCCUCCUGCGCCUCCUGUCUCCGAGAUAAAGAGGAGCUGAGGUUGAUGGAAAGGUUGCGGAGGUGGAAGGCUGACUAGGGAGGAAAGGAUGACAGCAGCGAUCAUUAAAAAUGUGCUGCUUCCCUGUUACCUGGAGGCAUCCCGCCAUUCCAGCUUCUUCUGUCUAAUAACUCACUUGUCACUUUGUUACACUGCCAGACGUCAAGGUUGCUGACAAGACUGUGACACUGACAGAGGGAGAAAAGCCAGGGAUGAGAGUGCGCUCCAAACAAUUUAAUUUGACUCACUCAAUUAAGCUGAAUUCACUUCAUCUCUUCAUUUUCUGUGCUUAUUCUCCUUCAGGGUUGGUAGUAAUUUAUUUCAGUACUUUUUCUCUUUUUUCAUCCUUCCUCUUUGUCUGUCAGAGCAGUCAUUUACCCAUUCCUUCAUCCUGCUGCUCACUUACCACCUCCACACGCCGCAACGUAGAUCCUACAGGGACAUGCGCUAAUAGUGUAUGCUUAAGUUCACCGGACGGCCAUGGCAUAGCAAAAAGGGAUGGGUAAUUGCCUGUUUAUCCCAAGUGAAGGGAAAAUUGAGUACAGGAACCCCUGCCUUCUCCCUGGAGUGAGCUUCAGCGAGGCGCUCGCUGCCUCUUCGCUCAUCGAAUCGCUCCAGCAGAAAUAAAAAAAGUGCUUCAGCAGGAACCCCGCUGAAGGCUGUCUCUCCAGCACAGAAACAUCCAAAGUGGCACAGAUGCUGGAGAGCGGCCGUCCCAAGAUGAUACGCUAACCUGUAGUUAGAGGAAAGACAAAUGUUCUGUUCGUUUCUUUUAGUAGCAACGUCAGAAACCAGAAAGGAAUCAUACAUCUUACUUUAAUACUAGAUACUUGUAAUAAAUUGUAACAUCUGAAUGCAUUUUUCCUAAGGAGAAGAAUCCAUUUUGAAAAGCAAAAUAACUUUAAAAGUCAGGUUGUAUUUCAAAGAAAAAGAGUAAAAAUAUGUCUUGAAGAAGAUAAUAUCUGUGUAGAGUUUUCCACUUCAGGUCUAACUAAUUAUUUUACAUUUUCAUCUAGCGAGGAUCAAAUGUGUACUCCUAGCUUCUUUGGAAAUCCCCUCUGGCUAAUUGUUAGCAGCUAACCGUUAGCCACCGUUAGCAGCUGGCAGUGGCUAACGGUUAGCUGCUAACACCUGCUAACAUUUACCUUGACUCAGUAUUCUGAUAGUGCUUCCAAAUCGUUCCAACUCCUGUCCCUCAUAUCUUCUUCUGUUUCCUAAAACUCAAAAUCCCGCCUCACAAACUGUUUAAAAGUAAUAAUUUACAGAUUUAUAAGACAACAUUUUGUCAGAUGAAAAAGAGUUGAGUUAAGGUUUAAGGUGCUUUAACCUUUUGGUAGAACCAUGACUAAACAAAUCCUCAACAUUCAGCUGAUUUAAUAGUUUCCUUUUGUCACUAUGAUUUUCUGUUAGAAUGACACUUAUGAGUCUAAAGCAGAAAACAAGACGUCACAGGGAUGAGAUGGUGCAGCUUAAAGCUACAAGCAGCCAGAAACAUCUGGGAAAACGUGACUGGAGACAUUUUGAGAGAAAACAGUAUAGAUGGUGUUUUAGAGAUGUCAUCGGCCACAGGAGACGGAGCGCUACCAGGUGGAGGUAGGAGCACCUCCACCUGUUUCUUCUUCAUGCUGCCAGAUUCCCUUUCCUUUGAGGUUUUUGUUUGCUAACUUGACACGUUCUGCUAGCCGGUGACCGUCCGUUUCACUGAGCGCGCUUUGUCGGCCCAAACCGCCGGAGAGAACCUUAAAUAUGUGAUCAGCCAUUAUGCCACAGUUCCUCACGGCACACGCAGAGAGCUGGGGACAAAAUGGCCGACCUGUCCAUUUUCUUCAUGUCGCGGAUUGAGUGAGAACAAUAACAGAGGAGAGGAUGAUGGGUGCAGCCAAUGUAGCUCAAGGUGAAAUGUUUGGGACGUCAUUAUGCAGAUAAAAGAAGAAACACAUGUUGGUUUGUACAGAUCAGAAUCCCCUCAUCAACUCCAACUGGAACCUGUGAGAAUAAAAUACUGUAAAUUAAUAAAAUGUUUUGCAUUCGAUUUUCACUUUUUUUUUGCAGUCUUAAAGUAGAAAUAGUUCAAAGAGCUGGUGAAAUUAGAUUUUUUUAUGUUCGUUCACUCGUGUUUCUGAGUAUCCGAUGCAUUAGUGUCUGUGUUUAAAAAAAGGCCUGUGUUACAGCACUCGACAGCGUUGCAUGGCUUCAUAGUCGCACUGCAAAAAACUAACAGAAAAAGAAAAAAAAGAGAGCAAAGGAUCUCGCAUCACUUUGCUGUUAAAAAGGUGACUUUGGAAGCUUCAUUGAUACUGUAUGUUACCUGCAGAGGUGUUCCCAUGUGCAGACAGAAGGACAAAAAUGAUCCUUUUUAAGAGACUUUUUCUUUCUUUAUUUUUAGCCUUUCUUGUAUUUGUUUCUGUAUCAUAACUGUCUGUUUUUUGCAUAAAAUGCAUAAGGGUUUUGGGAUGUAAAUGGAAUUUUAUUCAUAUUUUGUCCAAAUACCUCUUGUAAUUUGUAUCAGAAUUCUUGUACAAUUUUUAUAUUAAAGAUUUAUCAGUCA